AUGGCUGCGCCCACGACUUUUCAAAUUUCUGGGCUUUUGGAAAAGAUGACUAAUAUUGACAAAGAUUUUCGUUAUAUGGCUGUAAACGAUUUAAUGGCAGAAUUGUGUAAAGCAUCGAUUGCUUUAGAUGAAGAUAUGGAGAAAAGAAUUGUUAAUUCGCUUCUGUCACUGAUUCAAGACAAAAAUGCUGAAGUGCAAAACUUGACUUGUCGUUGUUUAGGCCCAUUGGUUCAUAAACUUAAAUUGCCACAACUCGAAAUGAUGAUCGACGCAUUAUGUGUUAAUCUAGGCUCUUCUAAUGAAUCACUUCGUGAUGUUAGUUCAAUUGCUCUCAAAAUUGUGCUCAAUGAAUUGCCUACUACUGGUAUUCAUCAAAAUGUCUAUAAUUGUGUAAAACGCGUUGUUCCUAAAUUGUUGGAAGCACUUAAGACUGACUCAUCAGCCGUAAAAUUGGAAGUUUUGGAUGUUCUUGGCUCUUUACUUAUGAGAUAUGGUCGUACUGUCGAUUUAUAUUUUGAUCAGGUCGAAACAAUCAUUUUUGCUCAACUUGAAAAAGAACGCCCAGCACUUAGAAAGCGCGCUUUGAAUGCUUUAGGGUAUCUUACGGAUGUGGUGCCAGAUGAGCAAUUUGGGAAAAUUAUGCAGGUUUGCUUUGAAUUAGUUGUCUCAAAAAUUUUCCAUAAAAUCUUUAAUUUUAAGAGAAUUUUGACUGUUUUUUCGAAAUCUAAUGUUGACUUGGGAACAUUAAAAACUUUUGUGCUAGCUUCAAUUACUACUUGCCGUGUUUCUUCUGUUCGAAUUACACCGUUUAUUCCUAAAAUUAUGUCUUUGUUAAUACAAAAAUGCCGAACGGUUGAUGAUGAUGAGUUACGUGAAAAUUGUUUGCAGGCAUUUGAAUCCUUCAUAUUUCGAUGUACAAAUGAUAUGGAGGACUAUGUUGGAGAAAUUAGUUCUAUUUGCACUGAAUUUAUUUCAUAUGAUCCUAACUAUAAUUAUGGGAAUGGUGAUGAGUGCGAGAUGGAAAUGGAUGAUGAAACUAAUGGUAGAGAUGAGGAAGAGGAUGUUGACGAAGAAAAUGACAAUUAUUCUGAUGAUGAUGAUGUUAGUUGGAAAGUUCGAAGAGCUUCUGCAAAAUGUAUUGAGGCUUUGAUAACUUAUCGACAUGAUGCUUUGGAGGAAAAUUAUGAUAAAUUUGGUUCUCUGUUAAUUAAUCGUUUUAAAGAGCGAGAAGAUAAUGUUAAAUAUGAUUUGCUUUUUGCGUAUUCUGCACUUUUAAAGCUUACAAAACAAUUAUGUCCAGAAUUGGCUGCAUUCAAUUUUCAAAAUUUACAUGGCACUUCUGACUUCAAACCUGAGUCAUUCUCGGCUUCUAAUUUUGAACGUAUUCUUAAUGAAGAGAUGGACAACUCAAAUCGACAAGUUUUCAUUAAGCUUAAACGUCAAGUGCCUUCGCUAAUGAGAGCUUUGCAGCGUGAAAUUAAAACAAAAAAUAUUACAACCAGAUUAAAUUGCUAUAAUUUGAUAGCAUAUCCAGGCAUAUUAAAAGAAUAUUUAGAGAUAAUUGCUACAAACAUUAAAUCUACAUUAUCUGAAAAUUCUUCAACUGACGGGAAUAUUAAAAUAGAGGCCUUACGUUUUAUUUCUUUAAUAUUAACUACACAUACUUAUGAAGAUUUAAAUAAUUUUGUUGAUACAAUUGUUCCUUUACUUGUUAAAUCUAUUGAGGACGUAUUUUAUAAAACUUCUGCUGAAGCAUUAUUAACUACUCAAUUAAUUCUUUAUGUUUUGAAUUGUCAAAAAGAGAAGCUAAAUAAAAACAAUGUGCAACAGCAUGUUCUCUCGUUACAUCAAGCUAUUGUUACAAAAUUAAAAGUUAAUGAUAUUGACCAGGAAGUAAAAGAAAAGACUAUUUCUACAACAGGCUUGCUUCUGUCGCUUUUUACUUAUGACCUCACCCCGGAAAUUAAUCAAGCUUGCCUUUCUGCUUUAUUUGAGCGACUUCGAAAUGAAAUGACUCGAUUAGUUACUGUUCGUUCUAUCAACACAAUUGUAGACAGCAAUGCAAAGAUUGAACUACAACCUUUUCUUCCCGAUUUGCUUACUCUUUGUUCUGAAUUUUUGCGUAAAAACCAGCGUUCUUUACGGUUGAGCACACUUAUUUUAUUGGAAUCUCUUGUUAAGCGUCGUUUCAAUCAAAAUGGUUUACAAGGGCCUGGUUUAAUUAAAGUAGUCAAGGAAAUACCUGCUUUAAUUAGUGAAAUUGAUAUUCAAUUGAGUCAAAUUGCUGUUACAUUUAUUACAAAUAUUGUCAAUUCUUAUCCGGAUCAGAUUCAAAGUGAUUCGCUCAAUAAUCUUUUCAAAUCCAUUAUUCUUUUGGUUCAAAGUUCCUUGCUUCAAGGUUCUACAUUAAUUGCCUCUUUGGGAUUAAUUGCUGCAUUAAUUCGCUCUCCACUGCCAAAUAAACCAUCCUUUGAUGAAAUAAUUUCAAAACUUACCGAACCAGUUCAUUCUGCCUCUGUUCAAUUAUUACAUCGACAGGCUUAUAGUUCAAUUGCAAAGGCGGUCGCUACUGUAGCGCAAGCAACUUCUGAUAAUAAAAAAUCAGCUAAACUAGUUACUACACUCAGAAAUUAUUUGAAGAAUCAAAGCAGCGAUUCUGUUCGCCUUUAUGCAAUACUUGCUUUGGGAGAAUUGGGGCACUGCUGUAGUGAAACAAUUGAUGCUGCAAAGAAUGAAAUCCGCACUGAACAAUUAAUUAUCGAAUCAUUUGGUUCUCCACUUGAAGAGAUUAAAUCAGCUGCUAGUUAUGCUCUUGGAAACUUGGCAACUGGAAAUUUAACGAAAUUUCUUCCAUUUUUACUCAUGGAAAUUUCUAAAGAAGAGAGACGUCAAUAUUUAUUUUUGCAUGCAUUAAAAGAAGUUAUUGAUGAACAAACAGGUGCAACUUGUUCUUUGGAGAAAGCUGAUGUUGUUUUUACAAAUGGGGUUGCUGAAAUUUGGGAAUUAUUAAUUAAAUAUUGUGGAUCUAAUGAAGAAAGUAUUAGAAAUGUUGUGGCAGAAUGUAUUGGUCGUUUGUGCACCGUUAAUCCUGGACAUUUUGUGGGCGAAUUAGUUCAACAAGUCAAUAGCUCUUCAGCCAACGUCCGUGCUACUGUGGUCACCGCUUUACGCUUCUUAAUUGCGGAACAGCCUCGUACUUCUGUAGAUGAACAUUUACGUCCAGUCCUUGGAAGGUUCUUUGCUGCUAUCCGUGACAAUGAUUUAAAUGUUCGCCGUGUUGCAAUUGUUACUUUAAAUUCUGCUGUUCAUAACAAGCCUAAAUUAAUCAAAGAAUAUUUGCCUUCAUUAUUACAAGCACUUUAUGAGGAAACUAAAGUAAAGCAAGAAUUGGUUCGAGAAGUUGAAAUGGGCCCCUUUAAACAUGUUGUAGAUGAUGGAUUAGAUUUGAGAAAAGCUGCUUUUGAAUGCAUGUACACUCUUGCUGAUCAAUGUUUGGAUCGUGUAAAUUUGGCUGAAUAUUUAUCUUUUGUGGAAAAUGGACUUAAAGAUUCUCAUGAUAUUCGACUUCUUGCCUAUUUAAUGCUUACUCGGCUUGUUAAUAAAUGCCCAAUACAAAUAUCUCAGCGUUUGGAUGGAUUUUGUGAACAUAUUAAGCCUCAACUUUUGUCACGCCCAAAACAAAAUGCUGUUAAACAAGAAAGUGAUAAACACGAGGAAUUGAAACGUUCUGCAGUUCGAACAGUUUUGGCAUUGAAGCGUGUGCCAAAUAGUGAUCGUUCUCAGAAAUUAACAGACUUAUGGGAUAUAAUUAAUACAAAUAAUGAAUUGACUGCUAUGAAGGAAAUGCAGGCUCGCGAGCAGACUGCUUGGACUGCGUUGAAUGGCUUUGGACAUUUAUCGCCUCAUAAUGUUAACGAAGCAAUGGAAAUUGAAUAA